AUGAGGGCUUCGGCAAACCCACCACUAGGACUAAGUACUUGGUUUGAUCCUAUAAAGUCUAUUUUGAAGGGUAAUAUGUCAUCUGAUGAGAACAAGAAAUGGAUGAAGUGUGACCGUAAGUCUGGUGAAUACAUACAAGGUGUGAGGUCAUUUAUACAGUUUGCCAAGAAUAAUGGUGGUGGGAGGGUUUUAUUUUCAUGUCCUUGUCGAAAUUGUAUGAAUGGUAAAGGUUUAGUUUCACUUAGUGAGAUAUCAUUGCAUUUGCUCAAAUAUGGUAUUUGUUUGACGUAUACAACAUGGCGUCAUCAUGGUGAAAGUUCAGUAGCAGCACGGUCAAGACAUAGGGAUAACACUACAGCAGUUAUGGAUGGGAAUGUUACAGUAGGUGUGGAUGUGGAUGGGAAUGUUACAUCUGCUAUGGAUAUGGAUGUGAAUGUCACAGGAGGAGUUGAUGUGGAUGAGAAUGUUACAGCAGGUGUGGAUGUGGAUGAGAAUGUUACAACAAAUGUGGAUGUGGAUGAGAAUGUUGGGACCAAGGGGUGUUGUAAGAAAAAGUUAUCAGCGGCCGAGCGAGCAAGAGUACCAUUGUAUCCUUCGUGUCCUAAAGGAAAGUCGGCGUUGUAUGUAGCGAUAAUGGUGAACAACAUAAAGACUCAGUAUGCGAUUUCAGAUAAUGGUAUGACUGCAAUGUUAGAAUUGAUAAAAGAGUUGCUUCCCGAAAAAACACCCUGCCAAGAUAAGAGUUCAUUGCUGAAGUGCCCUGUAUGUCAAGAACCGCGGUAUGUAAGAGUUUUCAAUGAUGAGAGAAAACUUACUCAAGUUGCGCAGAAGACGUUGAGACACUUUCCAAUAAUUGCAAGGUUGAAAAGAUUUUAUAGUAUACCAUGGAUAGCAGAGGCGAUGCUUUGGCAUUUUAGAGCACAGAAAGAUAUCAAUGUAAUGCGUCAUCCCGUUGAUUCUUCAGCUUGGCGUUGUGCGGAUAGUUUUUUUCCAGAGUUUCUAAGGAAGCACGGAAUGUUACUCUUGAGGGAGUUUUCUAUGUUAUGUUUGUUGAUAUCAGGCCCGAGAGCACCAGGUAAAGAUAUCGAUGUUUACUUACAACCAUUGAUUGAAGAGUUGAAAGAGUUAUGGAAUGAUGGUGUUAUGACUUUCGACAGCUUCACCGGUUCUGAAUUUCUGAUGAGAGCUAGGUUGUUAUGGGCAAUUCAUGAUUUUCCAGCAUUAGGGACUCUUUCUGGAUGUGUAACUCAUGGGUAUUUUGCUUGUCCAAGUUGUGGAGAAGAAACAGAUGCUGAGUGGCUGCCAUAUAGUAAGAAGUUGUGUUAUAUGGGACAUCGAAGAUGGCUGCCAACGAAACACAAGUUUAGAGAUGAUAAAACAAACUUCAGUGGAGGAGUUGAGCAUGGUAAAGCUCCAUGGCCACUAACAGGAUUGCAAGUUCAAGAGAUGGUAGCUAAUUUGAAAAGCAAACAGGGUAAAGGAAAACCACCAUCAAAGAAACGUAAAAGAGGGACUGAAGGGUAUGCUGAUGAAGAAAUUUCCGAUCACUCUUUAUUUUCUCGAAGGUCUAUUCUUUAUGAUUUGCCGUAUUGGGGAGCGAACACAGUUCGUCACUGUACAGAUGUGAUGCAUACCGAGAAGAAUAUAACUGAGCACAUUGUUAAUACUGUAUUGGGAAAUAGCAAGUCAAAAGAUGGUCUUAAUGCACGUAAAGAUAUGGAAGCUAUGGGGAUUAAAAAGCGGUUAUGGUUGAAAGAGGAUGACAACACGGGCAAGACAACAAUGGAAGAUGGGUCUUUUGCCUUAACAAAGGAUGAAAAGUUGCUUUCUGUACAGUUUUGA